CAUCAGACUCAAAUGAAUGCGCUUGGAAGCGCCUCACGCCCGAGCUUGUGCGUCGCAUCGCCGAGCAGCUCCAUCCUAACGAGUGCGCGGCGUCGCUCAAACUCAUGGACAGCGAGACCGCAGCACUGCUUCGCGACAGCUAUUCUCUAAUAACGCUGGGCCAAAAGAGAACAAAGGGUGAAGAGCCCCACCGCGCCCAGCCGUCCUGGCCAGGGCACGCCUUCACGGCGCACUGGGGCUGCCCCGAGCCCUGGCGCUGUCUCAGCCUUCGCCAGCGCGAGCGGCUGCUGUGCCUGGCCGCGUCCUCGGGCCACACGCCCAGCCUGGACGCAGCCCUGGCGCAUUGCGGCUGCGCCCUGAAGCCGGAGGUGCUGACGGCGGCGGCUGCAGCCGGCAACCUGGCGAUCUGCGAGCGGCUGCUGCACGGCGAGGGCUGCUCUCUCAGCGAGCAUGCCCUCAUUGCCGCUGCGGCCGGUGGCCAUUUGAGGGUGCUGCAGCUGCUGCUUGAAGCCGUGGGGUCCGCAGAAGCCGCCCUCAUUGCUGAUGCUGCGGCCGCCGCGGCGGAGGGCGGGCACCUGCCAGCACUGCAGCUGCUGCUGCAACAGCCCUCGGCAAGUACGGCCACUUCAGCAGUGGCCGCGUCAGCGUUGGCCGCCUGUCGCGGCGGCCAGCCCCACAUCCUGGAAUGGCUGCAGCAGGCGCACGGCUACAGUCCUAGCGUCAGAGACGCCCAAGCGGCGGCGCGGGCGGGGCAGGUGGGUUUGCUAGAGGAGGUGCUACAGCUGCUCCAGCCGGAGCUGAUCGCGCCUGUUGCGUUGGAGGAUGCGGCGUUGCACGAGGAGCGGCGUGCUGCGAGGUGGGGACUGCUGGAGGCUGUGAUCUGGGGCUGUCCGGUGUCGGUGAUGGUGCGGCACCACGGCAGCCUCUGGGCAGGGCGACAGCAGCAGCACCAGCAAACAGCAGCAUCAACAGCGGCAUCUGAGGACGAGGAGGGGCGGCGAGGUGUCAGGCUGCUAGGCUUCCUCGCCGCCGCCGCUGCCAGCCCCACGGCCUGUUGGGCCGCCAAGCUUGACUUCCUCAAGUCGGUCUGGCCGCCGGCUGUGGCGCGGCAGGUGGUUCGUGGCUUGCGCGGCGCGGCGGGUGCGGAGCUGUGGAAGGGGGCGGCCGCCCAGCCCGAUUUCCUUGCACGGCUGAAACACCUGCAGUCGCUUGGGCUGGUGCCGGACGCAUCUGCGGCGGAGGCGGCGGCCCGGGGCGGGCACGCAGAUGCUCUGGCCUACCUUUGGGACGAGUGUGGCGUGCCGGUCCGAAUAGGUUUCGAGUUCCUGCGGUCCUUCGUGCUGCAACAGGGUGUAGCGGCAGACAGCAGGGUCUGGCCGACCGCAGUGUUGCGGCUGAUGGCGGGGCGUGGGGUCGACUUCGGUGUCUGGCUGCUGGGCUGGGCGGCGAGCGCGGGAUGUGGCGACGCGUUUCUGCUGCAGUUGAUUGAGCUAACAGAGAUAGGCGGAGCGGGCGGAGGUGGAGGGGGGCUUGGAGGCGGAGAGGGCGGAGGAGCUGAGGGGAGCGGCGGCCGGGAGCAGCAGCAGCAGCAGCAGCAGCAGCAGCAGCCGCAGCAGCAGCCGCAGCAGCACCAGCAGCACCAGCACCAGCACCAGCAACAACAGCUACAGCACCAGCACCAGCACCAAAUCCAGCAACAGCUACAGCAACAGCAACAGCAACAGCAACAGCACCAGCAGCAACAGCAGCACCAGCAGCAGCAGCAGCACCAGCGGCGGCGGCGGGAAGACCAGGCGGAGGUGGAAUGCGAAUGGCUGGGCUUUGCGUUCAAGCAAGCUGCAGAGGAGGGCGCGGGACUGGGCGUUCUGCGAGCGCUGUGUGCGCGCGGCGCCCCCGUAUCGCUGGGGUCUGUGGCGUGCGCUGGCAGUGAAGAGGCGCUCGAGUGGGCGGUGGCUGAGCUGGCGGCGGCUCGGCGGCGCAUGACGAAGGGGCAGCGGCGGAGGCAUGACGCCGAUGGCGGGGACAGCUUGCGUUGCGAUGACGCCCGCUCCGUGUUUGCGGCGGGCAACGUCGCGGCGCUUAAGUGGCUGCUUGCUAGCGGGCACCUGUCGGGAUACUGGUUGCCAGACCUCAAGAACCAGUUGCUGCGCGACGACAAGGCGCCCGUGCGACCGCACUCGUUUUGGAAGCUGCAGCUGUGGGCCCGCUGCCAGCUGAUGACGAAAGAGCCGGAGCCGCACCCAGGCACGGAAGAGGACAGCCAAGACGGCGACGUGUCAGAUGGUGGAUCUCCUGUGUUACCUGUGUAUGGGGAGGACGGGUAUUGGGGUAGGUGGGAUUUGCCGGCACAGCGCGGGCAUGUCAGCCCGCCCGCAUGGGUACAGACGCUGAAGGGCCUGGAAGAGCAGAAGCAGUGGGUGGUGUGGAUGGCGUACGACGCCGAUGUUGAUGUCGGUGCCGGCGGUGGCGCUGCUGGGGUCUGUGCUGCUGGUGCUGACGGUGACGACCUUGGCAGCGACGGUGAAGGGGACGGUGCAGCAGCAGCUGUGGCACGCGCACGUGCACGGGCACGCGUGCUCCAGGCACGCGCGCGCCGGCAGCGGCAGAUGCCGGCACUGCCUCACCAGCGCGCCUGGCUUGAGCGCCAAGCCGCGGCUGCGGAAGCAGAGGCGGCGAAAGCAAAGGCGGUGGAAGCAAAGGCGGCGGCAAAAGCGGCGGCAAAGGCGGCGGCAAAAGCGGCGGCAAAGGCGGCGGAAGCAAAGGCGGCGGAAGCAAAGGCGGCGGAAGCAGAGGCGGCGGAAGCAAAGGCGGUGGCAAAGGCGGCGGCAAAGGCGGCGGCACAGGCGGCGGCACAAGCGGCUGCAAAAGCGGCGGCAUGAGCGGGGCCUGUGCGGCCUGCGCCAGUCUAGCCAGGUGGUGGUGCCGCCGCCAGCGCCAUGCUUGUGUGUACUCUACUUGCGCCAGGGAUUUUGUUUGUGCUGUGUGGCACUCGUGUAGUUGGGGGGGGGGGGCGGGGUAAUGCCGUUGGAUGACGUGACGCGGCAAGUAGGCUUUGCUACAUAGCAGUGUUGUUGCAGGAUGGAGAGGUGGUCGGGAUUUUGAAGUUGGGAUUUGGGAGUUGGGACAUGGCUCGGUGCCAACCGCCUGUACGGCGCGCAGCCAAAAACCGUUAGCUGGGAGCCAAUGGCGCGGAUGGAUUGCAAAGGCGAACGUGAAGGCGAACGUAAAGGUAGAGGCGCAGUGGCGGGGGCAGCUUCAGUGGAGCGGGAGAGGUGGGAGCGGGAGAGGCUGCUGGCGGGGCGGGCAUGGGGUCAAGGCCGCGACCAGGCGACGGAGAGGAGUGGUGGAGCCAUGCCUACGCGCACGCAUUCCGGAGCAAGGCCAGCGUGUUUGUGAUGAAGCUGAUGGUUGAUUGCGCUGAAGGAAGGUAUCCGCUGCUUUAGCAAUCGCAGAAGAAGAUGU